AUGCCCAGCAUUAUCGAGAUGACACAAGCUUCACGUGGAGAGCCAUACACUUGGAACGGCAGCGAGCGCUGGAUGGCUGAUGGCGAUUGCCACUCGCCCUCGGCCGGCGAGCUGUUGGCCAACCGUUCCUGGCUCAUCCGCUCGUUAGCUGGUGUUCUUUUUGCACCAGCCACUAGUUUGAACCGCCUGAAAGCCCUCGACACCAGGUCUACAUAA